GUAGCCUACUGCAGAGAGAGAACUGCAUCGAAAAAACACACCGGAAGACAUUAACUACCUCAGUUAUACAGUGUGAUAGCAGCAAAUUCAGAUUCGUAAGACACAAGCAACUCGCCUGGUGCAAUGGCUAACAAUCAGUGCCAUCCACUUUUCCUCUCUCAAACAAAGCCGGACCAAUGAACACCACAGCCAGUGAGCGUAUCUUUCUGUGGUGACCGCAGAGUCCAGGGCUUUCCCCUUUUGCAUCUCCAGAUCCACCACUCUGCUUCACUCUGCUCUGCUCCCAAACCACUCCACCAGCUUACAUCCAUCCCCCUCUGCCCCCCUGUACUUCCACCCCUGAACCUCCAUCAGAGAUAAAAUGGAUGACAGCUACGAUAACAGGACUUCCUUAGUGAAGGGGGCCAAGGACAUCGCCAAGGAGGCCAAGCGGCACGCCGUGAAAAAGGUCAACAAGGUCGUGGACAGCGCCACAGACGAGUACUCCCAGCGCAAAUACAGCCGUUUUGAGGACGAGGUAGACGAGGGCGACGACUUUUACCAUAAUCCCCAGAGGCAGGACGGAGGCUACAAUGACAACGACCAGGCCAGUGAUGCCAGCGAUGCCACAGAGGGCCAUGAUGACGAAGAUGAGAUUUACGAGGGGGAGUACCAGGGGAUCCCAGCGGCUGGAGACAGGCGGGCCAGGGAGGGGCAAGUGGCUCUGGGGCAGCCCGUCACAGACAGCCUGAGAGAACGUAAGGAGCUGGAGAAGGAGAGGCAGGCGGAUGAGGAAGAACUGGCCCAGCAGUAUGAGCUGAUCAUCCAGGAGUGUGGCCACGGCAGGUUCCAGUGGCAGCUGUUCCUGGUGCUGGGCCUGGCCCUCAUGUCGGAUGGGGUGGAGGUGUUCGUGGUGGGGUUUGUUCUACCCAGCGCCGAGACGGACAUGUGUGCUCUGGGUGGCUCCAACUCCAGAUCUGGAUGGCUAGGCAGUAUUGUGUACCUGGGGAUGAUGGUGGGGGCGUUUUUCUGGGGGGGCAUGUCAGACAAGGUGGGCCGCAGACAGUGUCUGCUCAUCUGCAUGUGUGUGAACGGCUUCUUCGCCUUCCUGUCCUCCUUCGUUCAGGGCUACGGCAUGUUCCUGCUCUGCCGCGUGAUCGCAGGCUUUGGAACAGGGGGGGUUGUGCCUAUAGUCUUCUCCUUUUUUGCGGAGGUGCUGUCCAGAGAGAAGAGAGGGGAGCACCUGAGCUGGCUGUGCAUGUUCUGGAUGAUUGGAGAGAUCUAUGCUUCAGCCAUGGCCUGGGCCAUUAUACCACACUACGGCUGGAGUUUCAGUAUGGGUUCGGCCUACCAGUUCCAUAGUUGGAGGGUGUUUGUGGUGGUCUGCGCCCUGCCCUGCGUCUGUGCUGUGGUGGCUCUCACCUUUAUGCCUGAGAGCCCCAGGUUUUACCUGGAGGUGGGGAAGCAUGAUGAGGCUUGGAUGAUCCUCAAGCAGAUCCAUGACACCAACAUGCGAGCGCGUGGGCAGCCGGAAAAAGUCUUCACCGUGAACAGAAUCAAGAUCCCCAAGCAUCUGGAUGAGCUGGUGGAGAUGAAGUCAGAGUCUGGGAACGCAGUCUCCAAGGUCCUCUUCAGGUCAAAGACAGAGCUACGUGGGAUCUUGGUUAACUUUAUUAAGUGUUUUGACUACCCUCUGAAAGAAAACACUAUCAAGCUGGCUAUUGUGUGGUUUACACUAUCAUUUGGGUACUACGGCCUGUCUGUGUGGUUCCCUGACGUCAUCAAGCAUCUUCAGGCAGACGACUAUGCCUCCAAGGUGAAGACCCACAGCAACGAACGCAUCGAGGACUUCACCUUCAACUUCACCCUGGAGAACCAGAUCCACACCAACGGGGUCUUCAUCAGCGACAGAUUUGUUAAUAUGAAGUUGAAGUCCGUCACCUUCAUUGACUCCACCUUCCGUAACUGCUACUUUGACGACGUGACGUCGGUGGGAUCCUACUUCCGGAACUGUACCUUCAUCGAGGCAUUCUUCUACAACACUGACAUCGAUGACUCAAAACUGAUAGACGGCACAGAGGUGAUCAACAGCUCGUUCCACCACAACAAGACGGGCUGUCAGAUGACGUUUGACGACGACUACAGCGCCUACUGGGUCUACUUUAUCAACUUCCUGGGAACUCUAGCUGUUCUACCCGGCAACAUUGUUUCUGCACUGCUCAUGGAUAAGAUUGGACGCCUUUCGAUGUUAGGUGGCUCCAUGGUUCUGUCAGGGAUCAGUUGUUUCUUCCUGUGGUUCGGCACCAGUGAGUCGAUGAUGAUCUUCAUGCUGUGCCUUUACAACGGCCUGAGCAUAUCAGCCUGGAACUCACUGGACGUGGUCACCACAGAGUCCUUCCCUACAGACAGGAGAGGGACAGGUUUUGGGUUCUGUAAUGCUCUGUGUAAGUUAGCUGCCGUGUUGGGGAACAUGAUCUUUGGGUCGCUGGUUGGCAUCACCAAGGCCAUCCCCAUCCUCCUGGCCUCAUCUGUGCUGGUGUGUGGAGGUCUGGUGGGGCUCCGGCUGCCUGAUACUCGGGCCAACGUCCUCAUGUAGCCCCAGGAAGGACCACCUCAUCUGGGGAAGACCUGGGCCAAACCUGGGGACGGCAUGGGAAACAAGGAGCAGAAUGGUGCAAAGGGUUUAGUUCAAAUGUUUCCUUAUGGAUUUUGAUAUUUGAUUUCUUUAUUGCCCCUUCUGGUCUCACAGGGAGUUCAAUUGCAUAACCCCCCCAUCCCAUAUCUCUUUGAAACAGUAUACUUUUACUUUGUCAAUGUAUUUAUGUACAGGACCCAAGUACCAGACCUUCUGGAUACAUCCCUGGGGUCGAGCGAGAACUCCUAUUUCUUAGUGAAUGUAUUGUUUGGGAAUGUCACAACACCCCUCUAAGAUUAAAUCAAUAUUUUAAUGUUAUUUUAUCAUGAUAUAAUCAUAACAGUUAGUGGAUAUUUUAGUUAAGCUUGUGGCUCAUUGGCUAUCUAUAUGACUUAUUGCCUGUGGAUUAUGUCCAUCCAUACCAUCAUAGUAUUAGCUGUGAAGGAAACCCUGGGGGUCCUGUAGUCUGUUCUAUAGUUGGUUGAUGUGAAGUCUAGAUCAGUGGUGUAUGUGUGAGGAAAUAUCAGUGUCAAUGGCUGUCGGCUAUGAGUUGGCUGGUGGAAUCAGCACUGGGUUAGUGCUAUGAGAGUUGUGUAGAUAUCAGUAGUGCCUGUUGCGUUGUACUGUAUGAGCACAGUUUGUCUGGAGCCAUUGCAGGGACAGGGUUAGUGAGUGCUGUAAAUAUCAAUGUGUUUUUAUUAGGCCAAAACAGAUGGAGGAGAGAGGGAAAAACAAGCUGUAAUGAGCACAGCCAGCCUGCUGUGGGAGAGAAGGGGGAAUAGAUGAUCAGAAAGACUGGAGAGAUCACACAGCUGCAACACAGGUGGCCUGGACAGAGAGACAGACAGACUGGCAGGGAGGCAGAACCAGAGAGAGAACAAGUGUAUUUCUGGGCUACCGUGAAGAGUAUAGAUGGAUCUUUGUCAGGCUUGACGUGUUCUCCUGUCUUUUCACCUGAUGUUUGUACUGUAUGUACCCUGCACUUGUUAUGUCUGCUGGAUAUGUGCACAUACCCUGAACCGUCAACCAUCUAGAGUCAUGGUGAUGGACAGGAUUUAACCUGCAGGAGCUGGUUUGAAGCCUAGCUUCUCACAGAUAACAUCAGAAACUAUUAUAGCAUGUUCGUUUAUUAGUUUACGCUGACAGAUGCAUAACGAGGUUUUUAUCAGUGUUCUGCCCCACACUAUCACAUUCACAUAUAGACACUCAGAUCUCCAAGCCCUUUGCACAAGUUCUCUACCCAAGAAUAAAAAGGCCAUAUUUAAUAACUUGAAUUAUUGUUAUUUUAAGUGUACAUACUAAAUCUAUCAAUAUGUCUUAAGAUAUUUACAUUAUUUGCAGGUAUGUAUCUGCACCUAUUCUAAACUUUUUGUUGGGGAAAAUGUAAGAAUCCCUUUUUUUUCUGCAAAAAAUAUUGUUCUCUCCUCCUAUAUGUUGUAUUGUAUGCAGGCUCGCAGAAAGGGCUUUGUUAAUGUUCAGCCUUUUGAUUUGGCGUUUCUGUUUAACGUCGCUUGUGGCAUUGAAUUUAUAUAGACAUGUCAUGCUGCUUCCUAUUCAAGAUACUGAAGGGCCUUUUUUUAAAUGUGCCUCUCCUUCGCUGGAGCGUUCUCCGCAUAGAAGGGUACAGGAGGUAAACAGGAAGUGAACUGUGUGUGUGGUGUGUGAUGUCCCUUCUCACCACAGUCAGCAUUUUUAAGUACAUCAUUACAUUGGUGUGACCGUGACAGACGUGUGAAGGUACAACAUCCAUCCUAUCCGUUUCAUAUGUUUAAAAAAAGAUGCCCUCCCCUUUUGAGAUGAAGUUGGAAGAUGAUCUCAUUUAAACUGAAUUGGGGAGAUCAACUACCAUUUUAGAAAAACUGAGAGCAAUAAGCUAUUUAUUAACUACUUGCAUAAGAGUGAGUGUAACUGCUUGCAUAUUUUAAGCAAUUUUUUUAAGUUUUACAACUUUUUGAGUAAACAAUUUCAGUGCUUGUUAUAAAUUUAAAAAAAUGAAACACCAUACUGAUAAUUUGGAAGACAUUUUAGAAUCAGUAACAAAAUCUUAUAUUUUUUGGAAGGCUUUUAGCCAUAUAUACAAACUGUGUACACAAUGAACAUGAUUCAAUACAAAGUUAAGUUACAAAUCUUACACUUUAUAAUGGAAUUUCAUUAGUGCUAAUGUUCCCCUGUCUAAAAUGUCACCCAAAUUUGGCAAAUGCAUCUGAUGUUUACAAGCAAUCCUGUAGAAAUCUGUUGUUAUUACUGUAAACAGUAUGAUCUCCAGGUCUACAUACUGUAGCUCUAUAGUGUUUUCAUAUCCAAUUCACAGGUCUACAUCUCUACAUGGCUCUAUAGUGUUUUCUGUGGUUUACUGCCGGUGUAGCACGCCUGUUUCUGUGUGUGUCGUUUCUGUGAGUAUAUCGUAGUUUUAGUAGUCCACUGUAUCAAAACUGCUGUCUGCUUGCCCCCUCCUCAUAUCUAAAGAAAAGGGCAGGCUUCCAAUAAUGGGUACAUGUAGGUGUGUGCGCUUGUGUUGUUUGCUUUACAUCGUCUUGGAUACAGGAAAGUCUGUUUUCUGAUUGUUUGUGUCUUGGUAUGCAUUACAAAUUAGCAACAACUGAAUUUUUGAUGACUUCAUGAUUUUAAAGUGAUGACAUUAUCAACAAAACUUGAGUAUUUAUAGUAGUAGCAGUGACAUGGCAAAGCCAUUCUGAUUAGGCUGAUGUCAAACCAAAGCUACUGACUACUGUUACCACCUCAGCAGUGAUAUGCAUUCAAUAAGGUACCAGUUGUUUAUGAACAAGAAUUGCAGCUAUAUGAUGGUACUGGAUGUGUUUAAACCUUGCCUCUUAACCUAAUUGUGACAGCAUUGACUAUGGUAUCUUACAAAAGAUAAAUAAGUAUCUCUUUCUUUUGUUUUCUGGGGGGAGGUUAUUGUAUGAGUGUGUGUUUGCUUGCGUGUGUGUAUGUGUGUGUGUAAAUAUUGUACAUAAUCAAUGCUGUAAUUUGUGGACUUCUGAGUUCAUUCUGUAUGCUUUUUGAUUGAGUGAUGCAUCUCCAGCUUUGUUCAAGCGAUAACUCCAUGUUGUACAUCUGUGUCUCCUCGACUACUGUGUAUAUAAACUUGCAUGCGUGUAUGAAAACUUCUUCUUUUGUGUUCUUACUAUAAUCUUCUACCAGAAGAAAAUAAAAUCUUUUUUUUUUAGAAAAAAGUGAAUGUAUCACUCUAGUUAGUUUUUGUUUGGCCAUUUUGUUGAAGUGAACAAGGUGUGUACUCAGAUUAAUAUAGAUGUGUAUAUUAUUGUGAAAAGAAUGCCAAUCGUGGGAUGACUGUACGUACAGAGGUCUAUAAACAUGAAGCUGUGUAGAGAAAUAUUUGCCAAAUGAUGCCCUGCGAAUAUUGUUUUAAUUAAAGGGGAAUGACAGGAAUAGCAGACAGUGCUGUUUAUGAGCGUCACGUAUAUGAAAUAAAGAAUGAUGUUCUCUAGCAAAUUAAAUCAUGUGUUCCUCUGCAUAUAAAGCUACACAACAUUGAGUACAUUGCAGCUUACAUAGAUAGGUCUACUGCAGGUAAUUUUGGAGACAAUAUUAUGUCAGAGUGCAUGCACACUGGAGCGCAUUGGCCCAAAAAUACUACACCUCAAUAAUAAUAAUAAUAGCAUUGUUUAGUUCUGCGCUCUCACAAUCACAACUCAAAAAGAUUUAAUCGUAUGAGUUACUGUGCCUUCAAUGUUUGCAAAUCAGAUAUCAAUUGUUGUUGGGAAUAAAGAAGGUCCAUUUUCAAUUAGUAUUGUUGGGUUCUGAGAAUAUGAAAUAUACUUAUUCAUGUCACUGAGGGAGAGAGGGUAAUGUAUAACAUUUACAUUAUGUCAGGAUAUGUUAUUGUUAGCCAUCAGGGAUCCUAUGGGAGAAGAGACAGUCUGGUACCAGACACCAUGACAGACGUUAGUUGAGCAGGGAAGCGAUCACAUGUGGCAGGCAUUGAUAAGGGGAGAGAUCUUUGGAUUAGACUUCAAGGGGGUUGAGGUCAUGUCAGGUCACCUUAAGGGAGAAGGAAGGGUUUAUUACCCCAUCACUUUGUCUUCCUAUCGAACCAUAAAAUAUGUAAGGGUUGGAGAGAAGGAGGAGUGCAUCUAAAUUGGACUAUAUAUACACUUGGGUUGGUGGAAACAUGUUUUGUCUGAUGCAGCUGUAUUGAUCCUCUGGGAGAAUAAACUUGGUUAAGCUUU